GUUCCUACAUCUAGUGGAAAGCCUUCCCAGAAGAGUGGAGGCUGUUAUAGUAGCUAAGGGGGGACCAACUUCAUAUUAAUGCCCAUGAUUUUGGAAGGAGAUGUCCAGAUACUUUUGGCCAUUUUGAUUAACUGUUUAGGAUUUUUAUGGUUUGUGGUUAGAAGCUGUUAAGAAGCCUUUUUGACCGAGACUUGGUACUCCGGUACCACUUGCCGUGUGGUAGCAGAGAGAACAGUCUAUGACAAAGGUGGCUGCAGUCCUUGGCAAUUUUUGGGCCUUCCUCUGACACUGCCUGGUAUAGAGGUCCUGGAUGACGUACUGGGCCAUACGCACUACCCUCUGAGAUAGAGAUUUCUGGAGGGGUGGGCAGGGAGUGGGUGAAAACUGUAUUUGCAGCUACGACCGCCCCCCGAAAUGUAAACUCGUCAGCUAGACAGCCACUACAAAGUAUAAACUACCGAUCGCUGUCCAUGGGGAUGAAAUGGCAACAUGUCUAUGCUGUCACCUAUCAUAUUGAUGAUUGGCUUUCUGUGGUGCCAGGGCAUGUAGCCUAUAGCUUUGCUCUAGCUAAUGUUUAUUGGGUCGGCCUAUUUGGUCAUAAUUGUAGUAUUGGUGAUCUAUAUCCGACUUACCUAGUUAAAUAAAAGGUUAAAUAAAAUACAAAUAUAUGAGUUACUAUGCUGUUACUAAGCAUGAAUGUUAUGUGUUAUGUUACAACACCCAAUUGGAAGUGCACAUGCUCUUUUCUAACUGUACUCCCGUCUCCUGCCUGGUCAUUUUCUCCACAACACAAAUAUUACAAUCUUGUUCUCAUGUUAAGCCUAAUAUUUCAGGAAGCUAUACACACAGUGUAGCAAUGAUACCAAUCAUUUAAUUACUUGUUCAGUGACUAAGGUUGGAAAUUCAAACAUUGCAGAUUGUAAAAUAAAUAUUUGAUACAACAGCAUAUUAAUCAGCUACCAAUAAUUUUUUUCAUUGUAUUCAUACAACUGUCCUGUAUAGGCUACCUGAACCUGCAUGACAUGAGCCGUUCUCGCACUCUCUCCCAGCUUGGAUAGAAAGUUGUUGUGCAUACCAACUAGUCUAUUAAUGCCAAAUAAUACAGUCCCUCACAACUAGCUAACUAGGGAUUGAUUCAUUAUGCAGUGAAGCCUAUAGCUAUAUACCGUAUUUAGGUGCUUAUAUACACUUAUAAAAAAUUACACAUCAAAUAGCUUAUCAAUUAGGAAAAAAAGUAGACUUGAGGAUAAAUUCAGCCACUAUUUAUUGUUGAACUUGCCUACACAAAUGGACUGAAAUAUUCAAGGUAAAUUUAAUCAAAUGAAAUGAAUUCCAACUUGAGAGACCCCAUGUCAUCUGAAGUCCUCAUUGCUGCUUCUGUCUCUGUCUGUGUCUCUUUUUCUCUUUGUUUCUCUUCGAAAAAAGUAUAUCUGUGUCUGUGCUUCUCUGUUUUGAAGAGGCCCAUAGGAGCUAUAUAUAUGCAACUGCGUUGCCGUGCAUUUCUUUGUGCAAAUGUUUUCACCACGGUCUUUAAGUCCAGGUUGCAGGCCCGACUGUUUUCUAUGAGUAUUGCCAACCCAGACAUACUUUCCUGAGACAUUGUACAUUAUAUUGUAUGUCCAUUGCGUUGGACACAAUUUAAACUUAGUCUUGAAUGAGCUGUUUUUACCCUCCCUGUAACUGUCGCUUCCGCAAAGACAUUUCUCUUCUGAACUAAAACUCCUAAAGAAGUACCUGAGAAGCAUUAGGCUCUCGCUCUGAUAUGCGCUUCUGAACACCUGAGUAAGCACCACUCAUUGCACUGGCGCCGUCGUAGCCUUGACCACGGCAUUUGUUCACCCCUUUCAAUCAGUUAAAUGUUUUCUUUUCCAAGGCCCGAGGCACUCUUUAAGUCACAUUCCUGAAGCCCAAGAAACUAACACUUAGCUUCCUAGAACAUAUGGAAAUGAAAAAGGUUUAUGAAUAACGUUUUGGAGGUUUACUGUCAAAAUGAUUUAUUAAAUGAAACAAAUAGACGUGGACACCAGGUGGUGGGCCCUCUGAGCUCAUGGGCCCCCUACCUUGUGGGGGCCUGCUGGGGUGUCCGGUAUGCCAGUGACAUGCACACCUGCAGAUACACAUUACACACACUCUCAAACUCAUUCAUAAGAAGAGAUGUGGAACAUAAUGAGUUAUUCUUAUUGUGAAGGCCUUCUCUCUCUCUUGAGCUCAGGUAUGUUAUUUUUGUGAACGAGAAGAGAAGCUGCAGCUGAGAGAGGAGCACCCGGACCUCCCCUUCACUGAGAUCAGCCGCAUGCUGGGGCUGCAGUGGUCCCAACUGGGCCCCAACAACGAGCAGAAGAAGAACCAAGAGGCAGAGAAGGACAAGCAGCAUGACAUCACAGGGCUGACAGACUACCAGAACACUGAGGCAUACAAAGCCCUGAGCAGGGGACCAAAGCUCUGUGGAACCCAGGGAGCUGACACUGAGAUGGAGGAGGAGACCAUGGCUCCGGAUCCCAUAGAUAGGAAUUUGAGAAGGACACAGGCAGCCAACAGCAGGCUCCAGAGAUGGAGAGAGGCCCUGUGGAGGAGGAAGAGGAGGAGGAUGAUGAAGAGGAGGCAGAGUUGGCUCGUACGUUGGGUCUGUCCUCGCUGGACUUCAGUGUGCUGCAGGAGCUGCUGCUCAGACACAUGAAGCGACAGACAGGGAUCCCCAACCAAUGAUGUAGAUGAGGAUGAUGAAGGUACAUAGGGAAGGCUGUGUGGGGAGGAAGAGCAGCGCCUGACUCUCCUCUCCUCCACUUUCACCACUCUGAGCCGUACCGUCUAAUUGGGUGGACGGAGCACAAUGUCAGCCCCGCAUCCCAAGAAGACGCGCGGGAAGGAGAGGACUGAGGUCAUGGGUGACUUUGCGCAGACAGCCAAUGAGGAGUUUCGGAACAAGCUGAUGGACCUCCAGAUAGAAAUGCAGCAGGAGAAGGGCAAGGUCUCUAAGCUGAGAGAGCGUCUCCAGGAGCAGAGGCAAGCCAGGGAACUAGAACAACACAAACACACGGUGGUCCUCACCGACCUCCGCGCCAAACUGCAUGAGGAGAAGCUCCGCGAGCUGGCCGCCGCCCGCGAGGCGUUGGCACGUCAACACGAGUUGGAGCUGGCGCGUACCAUUAAGAUCCGCGACGGGGAGGUGCAGCGCCUGCAGGGGCUGGUCCACGCACUGAGGGACGGGGCUGCGGACAAGCUGAAGAGCGCCCUGCUAGGGGAGGCCCGAGAGGAGGCCAGGAGGUCCUUCGAUGGGGAGAGACUCAGACUACAGCAGGAGGUCCUGAAGCAGGAGACAGCACGGAAGCAGGUUGAGGAGGCUCUGUCUAACACGCUGCAGGCAGACAAGGCCAAAGCAGCCGACCUCCGAACAGCCUACCAGCAGCACCAGGAUGAGAUCAAUCGCAUCAAGAGAGACUGCGAGAGAGACAUCCGCCGGGUGAUGGAUGAGCUGAAGGGGAAGGACCGUGUGGUGUCAGCGUUGGAGAGGGAGCUGGGGGUGCAGGCUGGUUAUGCCCAGAAGCUCCAACUGCAGAAGGAGGCUCUGGAUGAGCAGCUGGGUCAUGUCAGGGAGGCAGAGAGGCAUCACAGCAGCCCCAAGAGAGAGGUGGUCCCUGCCCUGGGGGACACCUCUGACUACCUCAACAACCAGGAUGUGGAAGAUAUUCGGGAUGCGAGGAGGUCCCAGCUGAAGAUAGCUGAGCUCCACUCUGUUACCAGGAAGCUGGAGGACAGAAACACCCUGCUGGCAGAUGAGAGGAAUGAACUGUUAAAGCGGGUGCGUGAGUCAGAGAGUCAGAUGAAGCCACUCUUAGAUAAAUAUAAGAGGAUGUCGAAGAAGAACAAUGAUCUCCUUCAGACUCUGCAGCGCAUGGAGGAGAAACUCAAGAACCUCAGCAGAGAGAACGCAGAGAUGAAGGAGAAUGUUCGCACUCGUUCCCAGCAGCCUCACCCCCAGCAGCUGAAGAGGCCUACCUCACUGACAGACUUAAGUCAGGCCCACGAGGAACAGGAAGUAGAGUUCCUUAAGCUGCAGGUUGCCGAGCAACAAGGCAUCAUUGAUGAGCUCACGCAGGAAUGUGACAGACUGAUGCUCUGCAAAAAGACCCGGAGAAAACCCCUCAAGCUACCACCUAAAAGGCAUGUUGUGGAGACAUAUUUUGGAUUUGAUGAGGAGUCUGUGGACUCUGAGACGUCGUCUCUGACCUCUUACAACACUGACCUCACAGACUGCACCCCUGCCACGCCCGAGGAGGACCUGGAGGACGGUGUCUCUCGUGAAGAGUCAGAGCUGCGCUUCAGACAACUGACCAGAGAGUACCAGGCUCUCCAGCGGGCCUACGCCCUCCUACAGGAACAGACUGGGGGGUCACACGAUGCUGAGAGAGUGGCCAGGAACCGUGAGCAGCUGCAGGCGGAUCUGAUUGGGUGCCAGGCGAAGAUCGCCGACCUGGAGAAGGCAUUGGCUGAGAGGGGGCAGGACUCUAAGUGGGUGGAGGAGAAGCAGUACCUCAUCAGGACCAAUCAGGAACUCCACGACAAGAUGUGUGUGUUACAGCAAGCUGAGUGGAAGCUGCAGGCGGCGGUGCAGGACUCGAGGGACCAGAAUGAGCUGCUGGAGUUCAGAGUGCUAGAGCUGGAAGAGAGGGAACACAGGCUUCCAGCCAUGGGAUUCCACAUGACUACCUUCCCAGAGAACAGCAACAGCGCUCUGCAGAUCUUCUGUCACCAGGAGGGAAUCAAGGACGUGGUUAUUCCAGAUCUGAUGAAGAAACUGGAUAUCCUGGGAGAUAAUGGGAACUUGCGUAACGAGGAGCAGAUUGUUGUCAUCCAGGCUGGGAUGGUUCUGUCAAUGUGUGAGAAGUGGUUAAAGCAGAUCGACAGCACAGAGGCAGCCUUGACCCAGAGGAUGAUUGACCUGGAGAAUGAGACGGACCAGUUCAGUAAGCAGAAGGGUUUCAUGGAGGAGGAGCUGGACUACAGGAAGCAGGCCCUGGAUCAGGCCUACAUGAGGAUCGCAGAGCUGGAGGCGACUCUGUAUAGCGCUCUGCAGCAGGAGCCGGGGGGGCGUGCGGUCGCAGAGUCUCUGUCGGACAGGCAGAGGGAGGAGCUGGGGCUCGCCGUGGACAAACUGCGGAGACAGAUACUCAGGCAGAGCCGCCAGUAUGACAGUCAGAUCUUACAGGAGCGCCUGAAGCUCCUACAGCAGGCCCAGCAGAGAAUAAGACAGUUGGAAGGCAUGAUUGACAUGCAAAAGAGACAAGUCAAGGAAAUUGAAGAAAAGCUUUUAUUAUUGGGCCUUAAUGACACUGACACGGACCGCCAUCAGGUGCUAAGGCGCUCAGGUGGAGAAUGAGGAAGAAACACACAACAUGUAAUUUCUUUUAAUGUUUUUUUUUUUUAGAUGGUUCACAAACCUUAUGGCUUUUUUUGAUAAACAUG